AUGAAAAGGUCGAGCUCGGAUUCUAUAACCAUUUAUUCUCAUCCUUCUACCAAUAAUUCAUCCAAUACAACUGCAUCAGCUCAUAAUAAUAACGCCAGCAUUAACAAUAAUACUGAUUCAAGUAAUGGUAAAUCACUAAAGCGUGUUAAAUUAGAACGUGAAAUAUUCUCCACAUCUAUAAAAGAUAUAGAAAUGAUGUUCAGUCCUGUUAAUAUAAUAGAUCACAAUCAUCAUCAAUUUCUUAACCCUUAUAAAUUCAAUAGACCAAUCCAACAAAAAGAUAAACUUGUACCUAGUAAUAACAUGAUAAUACCUCAGUAUAAUAAUAAAUCGGCCAACCAUCAUCAUUCCAAACUCUCGGAUUUGAAAUACGAUUGUAUAAAUCUUUCCCUCUUAUCAUCCAUCAGUUCGGCAUCUAUCUCAGACAAUGAAGACGAUUUCGAAGAUGAUGAUGAAGAUGAUGAAGAAAUUGAAGAAGAAUCGUUUGAGGAUGACGAUGACGACCAUAAAUUCCUCAAUGAUAAUUCAUUACUGACACCUAUUCUUCCAUCACAAACCAAUAAACCUACCAUGAUGUCUUUACUUUUCCCACCUCGUCAUUUGUAUGACUACGACUAUGACAAUGAAAUCGACGUCAAUUAUGGAUUAAUGGAUAUGGUGAAGAAGAAUAAGUACAAUCUCCAACAUGAUUUAAAUCGGAUAGAUGAGUUGGUGAUGAACCAUUAA